AUGUUGAGUAUUCUUGAAGCUUGUCUCUCCUCUCCAGUUUGUGCACACCAUGGAGGAGCUCACACUACCCACAAAUUUUUUCAAAGUGGUUACAACCGGCCCACAAUUCAUCAAGUUAUAUUUGAUUUGGUAAAAGCCUUUGAUACGUCCCAAAGGCACGGAGCUAUAUCUCGUUCUCAUGAGCUGCAUGUGACCCGUAUCUUGGAGGUAGAGUUGCUUGAUGUGUGGGAUAUCAACUUUAUGGGAUCAUUUUUGAGUUCUUAUGUGCAAAAGCACAUCUUGGUGGAAGUAGACUAUGUCUACAAAUGGGCAGAAACAGUUGCAUUGGCGGAGAUAGAUGGAAAGAGUGUUGCUAGUUACUUAAAGAAGAAUAGUUUCUCUAAGUUUGACAUACCUAGAGAGAUUAAAAGUAAUGGGGGUUCACACUUUUGUACCAAAGUGUUUAGCACACUAUUGGCUAAAUAUGAUCCACUUUGUGUUGAAUGGUUGCAGGAAGUAAUGAGGGUUGAAGAACUUCACCACGGGAUGAUUGUUAUAGUGUUGAAGAAGAAAGAAAUCAACGAGAGCAGCUGA